AUGACGUCUUCGAAAGAUUUGCGCAUAGCUAUUGUCGGCGGAGGCAUAGUUGGAGUUGCUUGCGCAGUGAGGCUGCAGCGUGCUGGCCUAAAGGUUGACCUGUUUGAAUCCGCGUCAAAGUUUGGGGAAGUCGGCGCUGGCGUGGGCUUCGGUCCAAAUGCUAUACGCGCCCUCAAGGGUUUGGGCGUGUACGAUGCUAUGAUGGCGAGAACUGGGGAGGAGCUCAACAUGGAACCUUUCCAGUAUAUUUCUGAACAAGAAGGCCAUGAGUUGGUAUAUGACCAACCGAUCGGUUCGGGCGAUGUUGACGUUGGAAUGACGAUUCAUCGAGCCGUCUUUCUUGACGCAGUCGUUGGACUUCUUGAUGCGGAGCGAACGCACUUCAGCAAGCGACUGGACCGUAUCACCCAGUCAGAGGAGCUGGGACACACAGUAUCGACACUCCACUUCCAGGACGGGACGACCUUUGAAGCGGACGUCGUGAUUGGAGCCGAUGGAAUCCGGAGUGCUACAAGGGUUGCAGUUGCUGAGCACUCCACUCGAGCUACGUGGUCGAACACGGUAGCUUAUCGCGGGCUCAUUCCGAGCGAACAUAUAAGGGAGGUAAAUCUCAAGACCGACUUGUUUCGCGGAAAACCGACAAACAUACUGGGCGAUAAUAGGCACCUGAUAAUUUUCCCAGUCAGCAACAACGAAAUUGUCAACGUCGUCAUCUUCUGUACCGAUCGGUCGAAGCCGGCUGGAUCAGUCGAUGUCCCAGUCCAGGACUGGACUAUCCCUGUUGAGAAACAAGAGAUCUUUGAUGCCUUCAAAGGCUGCGGAUCUGACGUUCAUAAGAUCAUCUCGCUGCUCAAAGACCCCAGGAGAUGGGCCAUUCAUCUCCUGGAUCCUACCCUAUCGAGCUUCGUCCGUGACAAUAUUGCUUUGGUCGGAGACGCCGCGCAUGGCAUGUGCCCGCACUUGGGGUCUGGUGCAGGACAAGGCUUCGAAGACGCCCUUGUGAUUUGUGAACUUUUGCUUGACCCUCGCACGAACGUUUCCAAUGUUCAGGAUGUCUUCAAAGCGUACGACGAGAUCAGGCGUCCUCGGGCCAACAAGGUCCUGAAAGCUAGUACCGCGGCCGGCGACUUAUACGAGACCUGGAGAGACGUCCCUAUAGACGAGUUGAAGACACGUCUCCACGACAUGUGGGGUUGGAUUUGGUACCACGACCUUCAGGGAGAUAUCUUGUCUACGGAGAGAAGUCUCGAAGAGAGGGGGGUUUGGCGUGCGUCUGAAAGCGUAUGAUGGCUCAUCAGUAUCUGCAUCGUAAUACUUAGCCAUCUAAUCAGUCGCAAGUUGCGACAAUGAAAUG